UUACACACGAUUACAGAAGAAACCACACAUGUGUUUCGCCAUCAUUCAGGCCGUGUUCGAGCACACUUACCCUGAGGAGAGGAGAGACAGGAUGGAUGUACUUGUGAUGUUGCUGGUCUCUCUACUGCCCGGACUGUGUCAUGCUGCAUUGACAAAAAAUGUUGCUCUUGGAGCCAGUGCUGUCCAAUCUUCCACAUACUCUUCCUAUGGAAUGGCAAAUGGAGCUGUAGAUGGAAACAGAGAUGCAGAUGAAAUGUUGUGCACUCGUACUUCACUUCAGAAUCACCCUUGGUGGAGAGUUGACCUGAAGAACGUCUACCAGAUCAGAAGGAUCAUCAUCACUAAUGGUGGAUUGGAGACGAGUGGCGCCGAGAUCCGUAUCGGCAACGGAUUGACAAACAACGGCAACAACAAUCAGCUGGUUGCAGUGGUCUGGUCCGUCCCACCUGGAGGCACGAGAACAUGUGACUUUAGGCCUACGGAGGGGCGAUACGUCAACAUUUUUCUCCGUGGGAUGAAUAGAGCUCUCAGUUUGUGUGAGGUUGAGGUUUUUGCAGAAUAUGAUCCCACUUGUGUUCCGGGCAAUCUUGCUCUUGGUGCCAAUGCUGUCCAAUCUUCCAUAAAAGUUGGACGUAUUGCCCAAAAAGCUGUAGAUGGAAGUAGAGAUACCAGACACGAGUCAUGUACUUUCACCAAUUUCGGCAGACCAUCCUGGUGGAGAGUGGACUUGAAGAAAGCCUACAACAUAAGAAAGGUUACCAUCACUGUUAAUAUUAGUACUGUAUAUGGAUAUAAUGAUUUGGAGGGGACUCUGAUCCGUAUCGGCAACAGCCUGGAAAACAACGGCAACAGCAAUCAGCUGGCUGCAGUACUUCAGGGCAUUCCUGACGGAGGCACAAAAUCGUUUGAGUUUGCACCUGUUAACGGACGAUAUGUCAAUAUUGUAGCUAAACGCCCAUAUCUGUGUCUGUGUGAGGUUGAGGUAUUUUGCCAGUGAGAUAUACAGAGAUGAGAAUGUUUUUAUAUUCAAUAGAACAAUGAUGUUUACAUGACAUCUCACUUAAUUUUUAUUUUCAGUAUUUUUGCCUUUAUUUAGACAGUAGAGCAGGAGAGUCCUUAAGAAGGAAUCAUGUCUGUAUUAUUUUCUUUCUGUAAAUUCUGUAUGUAUUAAAAGAAAAUGCAGUACACCCAGAAA